AUGACCGAUGCGUGCGCAGGCGACUCGGCGGGCUUUCUUGCCUGCCUCGCUGUGGCCACGAGUAUAGUGGCCGGCCGGGUGCCAUGUCGCACUCCCUCGACCCUCUUCUGGACUUCGGUCGCCCAAGCGUGCCAGUUAUCGGAAGACGACCGCCGCACAUCCAAGCUCUAUCGCAACCUUCCACUCUUCCACGACCAGAACGAAACUCUCGGCCACGCCCGCAAGCGCCCAAGACUUGAAGCGCCCGCGUCGACUAAGCCGCACACCCUCAAACUCAAACAAGCGUUCCUCGACUGCGGUCAGAAAACCAACGAGCUCUCCGAGCGGAUCGAUCGGGUUGAAGCAUACGCUACCGAGGUUCAACAUCUCCGAUCGUGUGCGGCCCUUGUCACCCGCGGAUUUUCUGUCUCGACUCGCCAGACCGAGGAGCGGCGACAAGGUCUGGAGACAGAUCUCGCGAGCGCCCGAGAUCGGCUGGCUAAGGCGCCGCCCACCAACCAAGAAUUCUGCCAAGAUACCAUUACGUCCUUGCAGAAGGAGCUCGAUAAUCUACCAUCCGCAGCCACGCCGGCGCCGAAGUUUACGCACAUGAAGACAUGGGCGGAGACGAUGGCGGGACACUGCGAGAGCGAGAUUGAUAGCUUACGGCGGACUCGAGAGAUUCCACUCAACAGCACACGAGACAUCAUCCCCAAGGCCAAUAGCUGGCUAAUAGAAGUGAAGUAA